AUGACAGGGUUCGAUGAGGAGUCGAAGGUAGCCAUCCCGAUCCAAAAUGGGCACAAUACAGCUGGAUUUGCCGGUGCAGGUGCUGGUGCAGGUGACGGAAUCAGUCCAAACGCCAUCGACUGGUACGGGCCCGACGACCCGGAAAACCCAUACAACUGGCCGCUGCGCAAGAAGUGGACAAUCACUGCCGUCGGGACCAUGGCAACGUUCACGACGAUUCUGAACGGGACCAUGAUCACCGUCGCCCACGCAGCCAUCAACGACGAGUUCCACGUCAGCGACGCCGAGUUUCCAAACUCGUACUGGCCCGUCACCAGCUGGGCUCUGGGCGGUGGGCUGUGCGGCCUGGUCGUGCUGCCUCUGAUGGAGGACUUUGGCGUGCGGCCGGCUUUCCUGACCACGUACGUCGUCUUCAUGUGCUUCAUCAUCCCGCAGGCCGUGGCGCACAAUUUCGCGACGCUGAUCGUCUCGCGCUUCUUCUCGGGAGGCUGCGUCUCGGUCCUCUCCAACACAGCCGCCGCCUUGAUCGGAAACAUCUGGGAGGGCGACCGCGCCCGCACCAUCCCCAUGAGCCUUUUCGUGACGCUCUACCUCGCUGGCAGCAGCAUGGGACCCGUGAUUGCUGGUGUCAUAUUCGAGAACCUGUCGUGGCGGUGGAUCUCGUACAUGCAACUGAUCUGGUACUGCGCCUUGUUCCCCAUCUACGUCUUCUUCUUCCAGGAGAGCCGGGGCACCAUCAUCCUCCAGAAGCGGGCCCUGAAACUGCAAAAGGCCUACGGCGUGCCGAUCCUCGGCCCUUACCAGGACGGGAAUCACUUAAGUCUGCCGCGCAAGUUGGUCCGGAGCACGAAACGACCCUUACGAAUGCUCUUGACCGAGCCCGUCCUCUUCGUCUUCACGCUCUGGUCGUCCUUCAUGUUGGGUACUGUCUACGUCUUUACCCAGUCUGUCGAGCAGGUCUUUUCGGGUCUGUACGGCUGGACGGCCUCGCAGGCCGGCUACGUCCAAGCAGCAGUGGUCAUUGGCGAGUUCGUCGGCUGGACUGGUGUUCUCAUCAAUGCCAAACUGUACUUUGCCUCUGUGUCCCGCAACACCGAAGUCCCGGGGACACCGAUCCCCGAAGCGCGGCUGUAUGUGAGCAUUGUGGGGAGUUUUGUCGGCGUGGCCGGCGGCAUGUUUGUCUACGGAUGGACAGCCACCCCCUCCUCGCCCUGGAUCGCCCCCGCCAUCGGCCUCGCCAUGGUCGGCUACGGCGUCAACGUCGUGGUUGUCGCCAUCGCCGACUACGUGGUCGACGCCUACGCCAAGUACGCCGGCAGCGCAUGCGCGGCCGUCGUUCUGGGCGAGAACCUCUUCUCAGCCUUCCUCCCCCUCGCCGCUCAGAGCAUGUACACGAACCUGGGAUUCCGCUGGGCCAGCAGUCUGCUGGGGUUUUUAGCCCUGCUGCUCUCCUUGGCGCCUGUGGGGAUUUUGGUCUGGGGUCGCAGAUUAAGGGAGCGCAGUCCGUUUAUGAAGGAGGCGAUUGUCUUGAGGAGGGAGUACUCGCGCACGAACUGA